AUGCCUAAAGUAAAGUCACACUCACAAAAACCGAGAAAAGGGCGGCUGCAAAAAGAAUUAAAAGAAAUUGAGGAAUUAGAAAAUCGAUGUCAAGCUUUGUCAAUCGAAGACGAAAUAAUAAAGUUUUCAGAAUUACCGAUCACGGAACAGACUUUGCGAGGUCUUACCAAGGCAAAUUAUACUGAUCUGACAAGUAUACAGCAGCAUGCUAUUCCUCUCGCACUAAAAGGACGCGACGUUUUGGGAGCUGCCAAGACAGGCAGUGGGAAGACAUUGGCUUUUCUCAUUCCUAUCCUUGAAAUCCUUUACCGCCGUCUCUGGUCUCAACUUGAUGGUUUAGGAGCUUUGGUCAUUGCUCCUACUCGCGAGUUGGCAGUUCAAAUCUUUGAGGUGCUUCGUAAAGUCGGUUGUCAACAUUCAUUUUCUGCCGGUUUGAUAAUUGGUGGCAAAAAUGUGCGAAUCGAGCAGGAACGGAUACAACGAAUGAAUAUAUUGAUAUGUACUCCCGGACGGUUGCUACAACACAUGGACCAGACCGUUGGAUUUGAUUGCGCUAAUUUGCAAAUGUUAGUUCUGGAUGAGGCAGAUAGAAUUCUUGAUAUGGGAUUCCGCAAGACUGUCAAUGCUAUUAUAGAAAAUCUACCAAAAGAAAGACAGACAUUAUUAUUCUCUGCCACUCAAACCAAAGAUGUCAAAGAUCUCGCUAGGCUCAGUCUGACGGAUCCGGAGUAUGUUUCAGUGGAUGAAUUAUCCGAGCACGCAACACCUAAACGUUUAAAACAACAUUAUUUAAUAUGCGAAUUGCCAGAAAAGUUGGAUUUUCUUUUCUCGUUCAUUAAGACGCAUCUUGAUGCAAAAAUUCUCGUGUUUCUGUCUAGUUGCAAGCAGGCAUGUCCAACAACUUCUUUGCGACUAAAAGUCCGCUUUGUGUACGAAACUUUCCGUAAACUUCGUCCAGGCAUAUCGCUUCUCCAUCUUCAUGGGAAACAAAAGCAGUCCAAAAGAGUAGAAAUUUUCAAUGGAUUCAUGCGGUCUAGUUCCUCUUGUUUAUUUUCUACCGACAUUGCAUCACGUGGUUUAGACUUUCCGGCAGUUGACUGGGUAAUUCAGGUCGAUGCUCCGGAGAAUGGGGAAACUUAUAUACACCGCGUAGGGAGGACAGCUAGAUAUGAUGCAUCGGGACAGGCGUUACUGUUUCUGUUGCCGUCAGAGGUGAAUGGUAUGUUGAAAGUGUUAAUGCAGAAGAAGGUACCGAUUGACGAAAUUGAAGUCAGAGAAAAAAUGAAAACCAGUGUAAGACAGCAGAUGCAGGUUUUAUGCUUUAAGAAUCCGGAAAUUAAAUAUCUUGGACAAAAGGCCUUUGUAUCAUACAUGAGGUCUGUAUAUUUACAACGGGAUAAAUCAAUCUUCAAAGUAAAUGAAUUGCCCGCGGAAGAAUUUGCUGCAGCUCUAGGAUUACCUGGCACUCCUAAACUCAAAUUCUAUAAAAAGUCGGACGCCAAGAAUGCCAUCCGGCAAAAACCGGAGAAAGUUCCUGGUUUAGACUCUGACAGUGAAGUUGAGACUUUGGCGGAAUAUAGCUUAAAACGUCAUACCGUUGCUGAUGAUAAUGAACCAUUUUCUGACAACGAGAAAGAUAAAACAAAACAACAAUCAAAACCGUUGACAAAGUUUGAGAGGAUGAUGAGGCGUAAGAAUCGAAACGUAUUAAGUGAUCACUAUCGGAAACUCGUUGAACUGGAAAAUGAGGAGGGUGGAGGAGACGAUGUUCUUUCUGUGAAAAGAGUUGAUCACGAAUUACCCGAACAAUUGUUGGUAGAAAACAAAGGCCCGCAAUCAAAUCGUGCUGCAGCACGAGCUCUGUCUAAGAAACAGUCCAUUAAGAACGCUCCACGAGGACGUAAAAUAAUAUUUGAUGAUAGCGGCGAUCCGCAUGACGUUUAUGAAUUCCAAAAUGAGCAAGAUUUUCGCGCUGUUGGGUCAUCUAACGAGCAAAUAAAGACGUUUGUUGAAAAAGAGCUACAAGUAAUGGAAAAUGAAGAUAUCAAAGACAGGGCUGCACUGGCCGAGAGCGAUACCGUUACUCUAGCUACAGGCGACGAGGACGCUACAAUGGGUGAAUGGGAGAAUGCCGAGUCUGUAGAAAAUGAGAUGGACGAGAUGAAUCAUAACAAGAGGUUAAAAAGGACAUUUGAUAAUGACAUUCAUAGGAAUAGCGAUGAGAGUAGUAAUAGUGAUACAGGCGAGGAGAGACGUACAAAUAGUAAUCCACGGAAAAAGCAGAAGGUGGUUGAAAUCAAAGAGCCCGAGACGCUUGAAGACCAAGAAGAGUUAGCGCUGAAAUUACUUGCGAGAACAUGA